CUUCUGGGAAAUCAUCAUCCUCUUCCUCUCUUUUUCCAUGUACCAUAACCCUGAAAUGCUGAGAGGCUGAGGCUGAGACUUUAUUGAAAUCCAAAUCCAAAUCGAAAGCUGCAAACGCGUUCAUCUGCUGCCAUGGCCAGCAUGAUCAUGGCCUCCUCCAAGCCUGUGAUUCCCGUUUCCCCCAUUUCCCCGUCCCCCAAACUUCCAGUGCUUCAAAUCUCACUCCCCAAAACCUCCCUCCUCAAAAUCUCAAAGCCCCAACUCGUAUCCCUCGUUCCCUCCACCCUCAAAUCCCUUUCCCUCCUCGCUGUCUCCUCCCUGGCCUUUGCUCCUCCGUCUCUCGCCGCAGAAAUCGAGAAGGCCGCUCUCUUCGACUUCAAUUUGACCCUCCCCAUUGUCAUGGCUGAGUUCCUUCUCCUCAUGGUGGCCCUCGACAAGCUCUAUUUCACCCCUCUCGGCACCUUCAUGGACCAGAGGGACGCCGCCAUCCGUGAGAAGCUGGGCAGCGUCAAGGACACCUCGGCGGAGGUGAAGCAGCUGGAGGAACAGGCGGCCGCCGUCAUGAAGGCUGCCAGGGCUGAAAUUUCUGCCGCUCUCAAUCAGAUGAAGAAGGAUACUCAGGCCGAGGUGGAGCAGAAGAUUGCUGAAGGCAGGAAGAAAGUGGAGGCUGAGUUGCAGGAGGCUUUGGCCAACUUGGAGAAGCAAAAGGAAGAUACCAUCAAGUCCCUUGAUUCCCAAAUCCAAAAUCUCAGCCAGGAGAUUGUUAAGAAGGUUCUUCCUACUGUUUAGUUAUCCUCCUCCUUUUUCCUUUGUAUUCAUCUUCAAUCCAACAGAUACAAGGAUUGGUGCUAUAUAUUUGUAGAAUUACGUUUUUUUUAUCUCCAUCUGUGCUAAACAAAAUAUUUCUGAACGUAAAAUCUGUUCGUUCACUCUGAAUCCUUUUCGGGAGAACAUAAAAUUUUUCCUAGUCCCUACAAGGAAGAAUAGGGUGGGAAAAAAAUGGACGGAUCUUAACUUACGAAUGUCAUCCUUGUCUUU